AGAUUUCGUGGUGUAGUAGGACAAAAACAAAGAAGCUCCAAGUGAGACAAAGGAAGAGAGUGUGUUUUGCACAGACGAACUUUGGCUUCGAGUGCUUUGCUUUCUCCGAAGGUCUACGGUAAGCGAUCCGUGCAACCUUCGUCGGAACCGAUCCCGGAGCUAUCUCCUGCCGGAGAUCGGAAAAGGGUCUCAGUUGAAAAUGGCUUUAGGCUUCGCAGUUGGCGUGUUUGGGGUCCUAAUUCUCUUCCAUGCCGCUUAUUCAACCAUUCAGUAUAGGGGUUUGUUGAAGAUUAUGGAGGAAGAGUUUUCAGGACCUCCAAUGAAUGUUGUGGCUGAGUUGCUUUUAGGGUUAGUGUUCUGUAUCUGGGCAGCUCUGACCGUGCCGGGGAAGUUUCUUUCGAUUCAACCCUAUUCUGAAGAGAAUAGGAUAGUUUCUUUACCAGCCAAUUCAGACUUCAUGAUUUUCAACCAUCGGGGCAAAGUCUUUCCUUUGGAAAUGGAUGUGAAGCUGAAACAUUGAGUUUCUAUGAAGUAAAUGGACUCCCUUCAUGAGAAAUCAUUUUCCAGUCUCUUUAGAACUUGGAAAAAGAAAAAUGGUGGCAUGUGGCCUAUCACUAUGCUGUUCUCUGUGUUUUUGCUAUUUAGAUGAUGUUAGUGUAUCAUCAUUUUUAAACUAAUUACAAGAAUUUCUUGUCUCCAUUGGCUACCUUGGUCUAGCAAUUUAAACUUCGAAAUUUUUAAUGUAUUUAUUGAUAAUCUAAAUGAGGUUUGUUAGCAUUACCCAUGACAGCUAGGCCGGCUUGUGGACAAUGAAUGAACGUUGGCAAAUAGACAACUCAAAUCUUACUUUUUCCA